AUGCCAACUAUUUGGUCUAUCAAAGCUAGACCAAUUUUAGAGCAAAUUACCCCACUAAGUGAAAGUAUGAAACACAAGACAAUUGGUGUUAUUGGAAGUGCUGGAAGUGAUAAAUCAUCUUUUCUUAAUUCUAUCCUCAGUGAUGAAUUAUUACCAAAUGAUCGCAGGGAGAGUUGUAUAGAAUCAAUUUCAGUGUUAUCAUCUUGGAAUCAAGCAUAUUAUGAGUUAAUAGUAUUUUUCAAUCCGAAAGAUCAGUGGAAGAUGGAAUCGAAAUAUGUACAAGAAACAAUAAAAGCAGCGGAACGCGACGGAGAGAUAGUACCUUCAGAUGAAUACAACACCUCUCGAUACACUAAAGAAUAUGAAGUAUAUUUGGCUAAUGGAUUACAAACAUGUAAAGAUCAACGGUAUCAGUUUGCCAGCAUGAAAGGUCGAUGGUGGCCUCCCGUUGAUAAGAUAUAUAUUUAUGGUCCAUUCAAGAACAUAAAUAGUGAUACGACUCUAUUUGAUAGACCUGGUUAUGAUGAUGGUUUUGAAGCGAUGACAAUUCGAGCAAAUGAAGCUGCUGUAAUUUGUGACCAAUUAGUCCGAAUUAUUCGAGGCGAUGGCCGUGAUCCUCUUACGUCUAGUAGUUUUCUCAAAGGUUUACUUCAAUCAUCGACUUCAAGAAAACAUUUAUGCUUAGUCAUAGCAUAUUACAAUCUUAUUGUAGAAGAAAACAAAAACGUAAAUGAUGAGAGUGAGCUGCAACCAUCACGAGAAAAAUGUCGGAAAACGUUCUUAGCAUCAGUAGAACAAUGGAAGUUAUACCUAGAAAAUGAUUGCAAGAAAAUCUGGGAUAGUUAUUAUUGGCCAAUUUUACAGAGAGUUUCUCCGAAAAUAAAUCCUGGUCAAUACAAGACAAAAAACUAUCAAUCGUUACGAUCAAAUCUGAGAGAUAAAUCUAAUGAUAUAGCGAACGAUUUAAGUCGAGCUAUAAUAGACACAAUUAGGAUAGCGGAACUGCCCAAUAGUGAUUUUUUUCUUCAUAGUCUAAUACAUAUUGAUAAAUUACAACUUAUUUUCGAUGAUUUUUUCCAAAUAUGCAAAGAAAAACUGAGACAGAAACAAGCGGAACAUCUUUAUUCAACAGUUGAUCAAUAUGCUGCUAAAGUUCAAUAUCAUAUUAAUUUAUUUGUACAAUCAAUUAGUCGUCAACUUGAUUCUAUUAAGUAUCGUAUAAUGUUCUGUUUGCAGAAGGCGAUAACAGAAACAAUGCAUAAUAGAUUAUGGAUUAGUGAAAAUCUUCAAAGUGCAACUGGUGAUGGAACAAAACAAAAAUAUUUAUCUAGCUUAUGA